AUGUAUUCCCAUCCAAAUAUCCUUUGGCUCUAUGCCCUAAUUACCACGUUGAUCAGUCCAGCACUGGCAUUGCCUACGCUUCCAACGACCAACACUUCGUCAACAUCGACAGUCUUCCAGUUCACUCGCAACGGCACAUGGCUCGAAAACCUUGCAGUCCGCCCUAACGGGAACAUCCUCGCCACGCGCCUCGACGUACCCGAACUAUGGCUGAUCAACCCAUCCAACACCAACACCGCGGAAGCUGGUUCCUUGUUCUACACAUUUCCCAAUGCCACCAGUCUGCUAGGCAUCACCGAAAUUGAUCGAGACGUCUACGCAGUAGUCGCAGGCAAUUUCUCCAUCUCCACCGUCACAAGCACACCCGGUUCAUUCGUGAUCUGGAGAAUUGAUGCCUCGGGUACCGCACCUUCAGCGAGUAUUCUGGCCCGAAUCCCCGACGCCGAGACGCUGAAUGGCAUUACGCGGUUCGGGCAGAACCUGCUUCUCAUCACAGACUCCGGCAAAGGUGUCAUCUGGCGUCUGGAUAUGAGCACGGGCCUAUACUCGCAGGCACUGUCUGAUCCCACGAUGCUUCCUGCUGCGGGCCAGCCAUAUGCUGUCGGUGUGAAUGGUGUUGCUGUGCGCGGGAAGUAUGUCUAUUACACGAGUACCACGCAGAUGUUGUUCUGUAGGGUUCCGGUGGAUAGCGUGGCCGCCGCCACGGGCCCGGUUGAGAUCGUUACUAGUGGGAUUACUCCAGAUGAUUUCACGCUUGAGAGAGAUGGAACGGCGUACAUCACGACGAACCCGGAUAAUGGACUGGUGAAGGUUGAUCCGAAGGGGAGAGUCAGGUUGGUGGCUGGGAAUCAGUUUACGAUUGCUGUUGGUGGAUCGACUGCGGUUGCUGGCAGUAAAGAUGGUUCGGUGUUGUAUGUCUCAACCAGUGGGGGACAGUUUUCACCCAUCCUGGGUAAGCUCAUCGAGCCUGCCAAGGUUGUGGCCGUUCAUCUAUAG